AUGGAUUCGCGAUCGUCUCGGGUUCGAUCCCUGGGAAUAACGAAGGAAGACAGGUCAGUAAUUUUUCUCUUAUCAAAGACUGAACUAAGCUGCUUUAUACUGGCUAGUAUUGGCUUUACAACCGCGACAUUCGGAGGACAUGAACACGUCCAUAUUCGCGUGCAUAUACCUGACGACCAUCACCAUGAUGACCACAGCCAUGGCGGAGGUGGUUACGGAGGCGGCUUUGCUGACCAUCUACACGGAGGAUUUGUUGAACAUUUGAAAGGCGACCACGGCCACGGCGGCGGAGGCGGUUUUGGUGGCGGAUUCGGUGGAGGCGACGCCCAUGGAGGAUACGACCUCGGUGGUCACGGAGGAUUCGGAGGAGGUCAUGAUAUCGGAGGUGGUCACGGAGGAGGAUUUGGCGGUCAUGACAUUGGAGGAGGUCACGGGGGAGUAUUUGGUGGUCAUGACAUUGGCGGAGGACACGGCGGAGGAUUCGGUGGUCAUGACAUUGGAGGAGGACACGGCGGAGGAUUUGGAGGAGGCCAUGAUCUAGGUGGGGGUCAUGGGGGAGGAUAUGGAGGUGGUCACGACAUAGGUGGGGGAUAUGGGGGAGGUUUUGGGGGUCACGACAUUGGAGGGGGACAUGGCGGUGGAUUCGGGGGUCAUGAUAUUGGCGGAGGCUUUGGCGGUCAUGAUAUAGGUCAUGGAGGCGGUGGUCACGGAGGAAGCUUUGGCGGUCAUGACUUAGGUGGACAUGGGGGUGGGCUUGGAGGUGGACACGGGGGUGGGUUUGGAGGUGGUCAUGGAGGUGGCUUCGGUGGUGGCCAUGGCGGAGGUUUUGGUGGUGAUCACGGUUAUGGUGGUGGCCAUAUAGAUAUCGGAGGCCAUGGUGGCCACGAUGACCACAGCGGUGGAUUCUCCGGCGGUCACGGUCAUGGCCAAGACAGCUACACCCUCGCUUUAUCCAGUCACGACAGUCAUGGUAGUGGACUAGGUGAUUUUGGCGGUCACGACACUUAUUCAGGCGGUCAUGGCCACGGUAGCUCCGGUGGAAGUUUUGGUGGUCAUGACAGUUACAGCCUAGGAGGUGGCCACGGCUUAGAUUCCGGUCAUGGAUCUGAUCACGGGUUUGGGGACAGUUACACGAACGCGAUAGGCGCUGGCCACGGUGGUGGUCCCUAUCAUAAGAAGUGA